AUGAGCGACCUUCGCAUACAUGCAGCUCUAGCGCCCCGCGUAGCCGUCCUCUCCAGCCCAGACGUAGACCGUAUCAUCCAAUUCAACAACAUCCCCGAUCUCCCUACCCUCCUCCGACCAUUCGAAUCCUCGGUCGAACGACUCUCUGUUCGAACCUCACAACUCGAGACAAGAAUAUGCGAUCGUUUCCCACUCCGAUUCGAUCCUUACUCGCUCUUCAACCCCGAUGCUACUCACGACCUUAGCUCCCAACCGAGAGCGUCGGCUGUGGGGAGGAGCAAUGAGGAGUUGUUGGAUAGAGUGAACCAGUUGAUCGCAGCAAAUAUUAAGGGUUGGGUUGCGUCCGUGCCUUGCCUCACCGCUUCACCCUCUACACAUAGCACUGCGAACACAAAGGAGAAGGGUGGAGAGGACGAGGAGAAAAGCAGAGGUGAAGCGCUGGAUGAAGUAUUGCUGGAACUACAGAGGAGUACGGUGGAGGAGGCGACGCCCUGGUUCACGGCAGUACAACAACUCGUAUUCAGCCAGCGCACGAUUGCAAAACACGAAUCGUUUGGUCAUCCAGUAGCCAUUCUUCUCGCUGUUUCCUCUGCUUCUCCAGAUCCGAUGAACGAUUUUGCCAAGCUUUACGAGACGUCUUGCCAGCAGAAUCCAUUUGCAAAACAUCCGUAUAUCAACCCAGAUACACUCAAAUACUAUGUUCUGAUUCAUGAUGUUCGUACCUCAGGAAGCGAUCUAGCAGGGAGCAAGGAGCUGCUGGACCAAAUUAAAAGGGUUUAUGGAUUACAUUGUUGUUUGCUCACCAUCAAUAGUGCCUCUGAUGAUCGAGCAGAGGUACCAGCCAGUCUUGCUGGUUUAUGGACACCCUAUCUUUCCAAUUCGCCCAGCAACCCCACCACCACCACCACCACCACCACCCCCACGCCAGAAGGAAUUGGGCUGUAUCUAGACGAAGAAGACCUAAAACGAAUCAGAAACUUCAUUCGCGAGCUGACCGCACAAUCCAUAGUUCCUUUUAUGGAGCGAUAUGUUCAACAUAUGGGGGAAUAUCUAGCCAACUCUCGCAAAGGUUUGACCAACAGACUCUUUGGUGCUUCUCGAAAGCUCUUCAGCUCUUCUUCCAGCACUAAUUCCUCCAGCACCAACUCUGGAUUGGCUACAGCAGGAGGAUACGAUGCGCAGUCGGAAUUUUAUCCAUACUCUUCUAUCGAAGCACAGACGAGAAGAUUAGCAGACUUUGCGUUCACGAUUAGAGACUAUAAGCUCGCUGCAUCAAUGUAUGAUAUGGGACGAAAAGAUUUCAGUGGGGAUAAAGCACAUAAACAUGCCGCGGGAGCGACCGAGAUGUUUGGAUUAAGUCAUCUGAUGCUUAUCUUUGCUACUAGGGGCGGGGUGGUUGAUGUUGAUUCUUACCUAUCCCAAGCUUGUACUGAAUACUCGUUUCGCUCGGGGCCGGGUAUGCGGGUGGAAGAAACCUACGCCCUCCGAGCAACUUUGCUUUAUUACGAAGCAUAUCGACUACUAUCCUACCUCCGUCCGGCACCUCCAGCUCUACUGGGAAUGGCCCUCAGUUGCGAAGAAGUCCUUUCGCCACUUCUACUCGAACAAGCUGCCCUUUCAUGUCUCCAAACCAAACCGAAACCAGCACUUCGCAAAUUCGCAUUUCAUCUAGUAUCCGCUGCUCACAAAUACCAAGCAUGCGGUCAAAAAUUGCUCUCACUUCGAUGUUACGCUCAGGCAGCACUAGUUUACAAGAAUAAAGGGUGGCUAAUGGUGGAAACCCAUAUAGAAAGAGAGUUAGGAUUGCAAGCCUAUAACGAAGGCGAUAUGGACGCUGCCGUCGAACAUCUGUUGAGGUUGAUUAGGGUGAGUGAAGGGAAUGAGAGGGAUAAUGAGCAGCAAAGUUCGUUGAGGGAGGUAGUGGAAGCUUACAGGUUUUCGAGACGCGAGAGGGUGCGGUUGGGGUCGCAGGGGGAGGUUUUUGUUGCCAAGAGUGCCAGGUUGAGGUUUGGUGCCGGGGAGUUGGUGGGGGAUGCGGGGGGUGAGGAGGUGUGGGAGGAACUGGAGGAGAGGCUGGUGGAUGUAGGGUUGGGGGAGCGGACGAUGGGAAACGGACGGAAGAAGAGACGCAAGAGGCCUGCAUCAAAGAGCUCUGGUCAGGGAGGGGAGGUGGCUGUAGGGCAGAGCUUCGCGUUGGAGGUGGUUGUGCGCAACCCUCUUGGCGUCGAGCUUAGCAUCGAUGAGAUCAAACCGGUGCUCCAGCGCGAUGAUUCACCUCUCUCCGCAGAAGAGUACGAAAGCGAGACUCUCCCACCACUCACAUUGGGCCCACACGAACACCGACCGAUGCGCAUCGCACUCCGCGUCAACACAGAAGCCAAACACCUCCGCAUCACCAAGCUCGACUUCCGUCUCGCCGAAACCAUCCACCUUACUCAAAAGCUCGAGAAAAAGGGUCGACGACUUAACGGCAACAAAGACGAGCGAACUAGCAUCUCCUACGCCCCUGAUACAAGCUUGGUUGUGUCAGUGCACGCUACUCGACCGACUCUAAGAGCCAAGUUUGUAGAUGCGCCGAAGGAGAUGUACUUGGGAGAAGAAAGGAGAUGUAAGGUGGUGAUUAAGAAUCAAGGUAAUGUGACGGUGGAUGAUGUUAGGAGUCUUUGUAGUCAUCCUUCUAUUGCGACCUUCUCUGCUGCAAGUGACCAAGGGAGGGAGUUGGAGGUGAGGAACGACCUUGAGACUGCACCGCCGGAAUUCGUACUCGACUCUGAGGGAACAAUAGAGCUACAACCGGGGGAGGAAAGAGAAGUGGAGCUGCUAGUGAGGCCUACAGUGCUGGGAGACCUUAGUCUAGCCUGGUUGCUAGCCUUUUCUCCAGCGGACGGGGAAGAAACAUAUACUUGCCGCCUAGCGGUCAGUUUGCGGGUGGAGCAAGCAGUGGAGGUAAGCGUGGAAACUAAGACGAAACGGGGGAGGGAGUUGCAACAUGAAGUGAUGGUUGAGAUUACGAAUUGCCUCGCUACAAAAGAGGUGCGGUUGGAUGGUUUCUCUGUCUUGAGUCCGCGGUGGUGCAUAAGACCGACAAAGGAAGAAGGCAAGAGAGAAGAGGUGGUGAUAGGGCCUAAGCAAACGUGGCGCGGAGGACUAACCAUCUCCACCAACGCCACCGCUGGUGGUGCAGAGGAAGGAGAAAAAUACACAGAAACAAAACUACAAGAUCUUCUGCUAAGUCGGGAUAGGAAACGACGGCCACCUCCUCCCGUAUCUCUUCACCAAUCCAGCACUACGUUGGGACCAAAUCGCCUCCCUGCACCUCUUCCUACAUCGGUGUACGUGGAGAGUAGAAAGGAAUGGAAAAAAGCAACUCUCUCAACCCUAUUGUCCACAAUGCCAGCUCGGGAAAGGGAGAAUAUCUUGACCCUCUUGAAUACGGGGGAAUUUGAUCUUUCUGCUCACUUCUCCCUCUCCGCCUCGCAAACUCGAGAAAGUAGGAGUGGGAGCGUUUGCCUAUUCGCCCUCAGCCCAGGCCCGAGUCGAAGCACUAUCCGAGCAAUCACCCACCCGAAACUAGAGGAUGCAGCAGGAGACAAAAGCAAGAUCAGAAGUCUCUAUGCUCAAACGGUACGAGAAAAAGCGACUCUGCUACAGAACAUUCUCACCUCUCCACUCAACACCGAGACGAACCCUGUGGUCGUCCAUACUGAAGUCAAGGAAGGGGAAAAGAUUGAGUUCAUUGUUAGGAAUUUUUCGGAUCUGUUGGAGGCCCGGGUGGAGGUUCAACUUGAAGAUGGCCAAGAGGAAGGGGAAGAGGGGCAGUGGGUCGGGAGAAAGACUCUUAGAUGUAAUACGGUGCUAGCUGGAGAGGUGAGGGUGUUGGAAGCCCUAAGAAGAGGAGAGGGGGGAAGGGUGAGAUAUGGUGUUGUUGUUGAGACUUUCCUCGGUUCUGCUGAAGAUGAUGGUGAGCGGGUGCUUGUUGCGAGGUAUGCUGAGCAGCACUAG